GCUAGAGGUGGCGUCAACUUCGUCCGAAUCUUCUUCUACAAUGGAAACAAUCUCAGCCUUGAGCGAAAGAGGGCUUUGGUUGCUCUUGCCUACGCGACAGCUCGAGACCAACUACUGGCUCCCAAGGAAAUUUUGAUUCGGGUUGAUAGUAUUCCUAGUGCGGACUUGCACAAAACCACCUCCAAUAAAGGCAGACAUAUCAUUGAUCCCAGAGACUGGCAUGGUACCUUCGCCUUCAAAGGCAGUGAUCAAGUCUCGCGGGAAUACCAUGUGGCCUCACAUGGAUAUACAAAUGGAAAAGAGGAUCUCACCCUGACGGAAGCUACGCAUACACCGGAGAAACCAGACAACACUUGUCGGGGUGGACCGGAGUCUGAUAAGGUUGUUUGGCCACCGAUCGAGUUCCUGGACGAGUUUGUCGAUAGUCCUAUUGGUUACUCUCACCUACCGACCCAGGAUCAGGGACAGGAUCAGAGCAACGACUCUUGAGCUGAGAGUUCUCUCGUACUAGAGCAAGUGCUGUCAGGAAAUCUC